AUGGCCACGUCCGAUAGCGAACAUGACAACUCUUCCUCUCCGAAGUCGGAAAGCAAAUUUGGACAUUCUUAUGAGGAUGAAAGAUUUGCAAGAGCAGAAGAAGCUAAAGUAGCUGAUCCUAAAGGCUCUCCUAUUGUUUGGGGUAGACAAGAAAGUAUAUUUCUUGCUGAAUCUUCGACUUCUUCGGAAGACAUUCAAACUAUAUACACUGAAAGGUGUGAAACGGCUCCACUUACAACCGCAAGUGAAUCAGCAAAUACGAUAACAGAAGAACCAGAUUUUUCUGAUGAGUUUGAAUUAGUUGCCGAUUUUAGCGAGGGAGACUUUACAGUAGAGAUAAGAUUAUCUGAAUUAGUUAGAAUUAAGUUUAAGCCUCUCAGUAAAGUUUUGCUUACUUGAAGAAAAUCAGAUUGAAUGAAAAACAUUACUAUAACGUUUGAAUUUUUGUACACAUAACUUCCAGAAUGAAGGCAAUAGUGGAUCAUUAGAGGACGAAGCGCGGACCAAUUUCUUAAGUAAGAAGUUUAAAAUUCUCACCUCAUCCCAGACAAGCACCAAGACACAAACUGACACGGAGGGAAGAAGUGACGAAAAAGUUGCUGGUAUGAAUAUUUCGAUCUUUCAAAGGCGCCUAACUCUAACCCAAAUAAGCCAAAAAUUUGAUGUGACAGCUGUAUUUUACAAUCACAAUCACUGAGAAGUUUGUGGCGCCACUUCCGUGUAAUCCCAUUCUUCAUUAUGCCCAGUCAGUUGUUUUGUAAAAUAAAUUCGUUCAGGUGGCUAGUUAACGGCUGACUAUGUUCUCGGCAGAGAGAUUGUGUGAAAAUUUAUUAUUUGGCCGAGAAGAGAAGCUUUAAGGGUUAUCGUGAAACUUUCUGGAACUAUAGUCAUUACAGAGUUUGAUUUCUAUAUUGUGUGGGAGACGUAAUCAAUUUGGUUAAAAGUGGUGUAUGGAGGGUGAUGAGGAAGGCAGAGCACCUUUUGACAAAACUAAGAUGAGUAUAUCUCCCUGCUGCUGUCUGAACUAUUGCAGGACAAAGAGAUUUGAUUUCUGUUUUUAACCUCUCAGCCCACAACUGUCAGGAAAUCAACUUCUGUGCAAGGAAAUUGGAAUUGGUGGAAACAAAUGGAAAGAAAACUGGAAUAGGACACUGUGAGUACAAUCUGUCUUCAAAAAAAGUGUUACAAAAUUAAGUUGUGUAGUUAAAACUAAAAAUAUUUAGGUGGCCAAGUUGAAAAGUGAUUAGCAAGAACUGUUCAACUAUGAGCAGCAGGAGAGAGAAAAUUGUGCAUCAAGAGUCUAAUUCCUGAACAUUUCUUUGCUAUGUUUCAGAAUUAAACUAAUUGUGAUAUUUCUGUAGUACAUCAGUGUCAGUGUCUGUAUCACCUUGGUAUCAGUGAAAGAAGUGGAUAUUUAACUUGCCACUUUGCAGUGUGGUAAAUAUCCACCGCUAUUUACUGACACUGAGAUGAAUAGUUGUGAACUAUACUACUGACAAGUAUGAACCCUGGGUUAGAGUGCAGUACUCUGUUGAUAAGGUUACAGUUUGAGCCUGAAGAAGACUUUUAUUUAUUUAUUUAUUUAUUUAAGGAUUUGUACAAAGCAGUAACUGAGUAAAAACAAUAGGACAUAAGUCCCCUACUAGGUUUAAGCUCCAACCCAACCCCCUUUUAUUAAAAAAUUAACUUUGUGUACACUUGAGUGCUUUCCUGGUAUCUUUGAAUCAUAGGGUCUGGGUAAACUGUGCUUAUAAUAUAGAGUUCCAUCAAGUUGAUUUUGGUGAUGGUAAAUUGUCACAAGCACAACUCUUUUUUGUAAUCAGCUGACCAGAGAGUGAUGGCAAAUGCAAAAGGGAUGUCACAUGGACAGGAUAAACCCAUUGAGGGUAACAGAAGAAAGAUUGAAAAUUUAAUGAUUGAGAACUUGAUGAACAAGGCAAAAAAGGUUAGUGUAAUGGUGGUGUUUAAGUGAAUUUUUCAUCAUUAUAAAAUCUUCUAGAGGAAAUAUACACCCUUUGAAACCAAAACAUUGUCCAUGUUUGUGAGAUGACCAUUUCACUCCCAGAAGUGGUUAUCAAUACCAGUGAGAAUACAGAAAAUUAUGAAUUAGCCAGCAGUUGUUGUCUUGGUGUUAAGACUAAAUUCAGGAUAAAUUUGAAUUCAUCUUGCCGGGAUUUUGAAAAAAAAAAACCAAAGGAACCCAUCGGGAAUGAAUGUCUCCCUUCCUUUAUUUGAUUUCUAAUGUGCAUUAAGUCUUAAAAUGGGCCCUUAAUUGAGAAUGUUGGGUAAACGUUCAACUAGAUUUCUGAUGUUUUGCUUACAGCUUAAAGAAUGGGACUUCCACAAUCCUAAACACUGCACUGACUGCAGGUAAUCCUACUUUUUGCAUAUAAGGGUUGACAAGCUCCCUGUUAAUUUUUCCAGAACUAGUUCAUUUCUAUGACGAGGGAAUAACUUCUCUCUUCUCUGAAUUUUCUAUUUAGGAAAAUGAAGGCUAGUGUUGCAAGCAAGACUUUUUUGAAAAGAAAGGUGGAGAUAGCAAAGAGAGCUGAGUUUGAAGAGAGACUUCAGUUACAUUUGUAUCACAAGGCAUGUUUAAUGUAGGGAUGUACUCUUUCAAAAUGAUCAAAUUUUAAGACAUUCCAUGACCCUUGAGCAGGUUCAACAUAUCCAUGUGUCUGUUCUAACCCUUUUACUCCCAAGAUCUUAUUCAAUUCUCUACCAUACAAUUCUUAUAUUGUUAGUUCAGAGAAUUUGGUAUUGGAUCAACUAAUAAUCCUCUAAUUGAUAUUUCUGCUUGCCAUAGUAAUGGGAUUGUGGGAUACAUUACUGUUUAAACACUCUUGGAAGUCAAGGGUUAAAACACAAGUUUGAAAGUGGAGAUGUACAUGGCAUAUUCAGGGUUCACUAAUGGGAGCAAUUUUGUUUUUUUGUUACAGGAUUCUGCCACCCUCCUUGCUGAAAUAGUGAAUUCUUGUACAAAGCCAUCUGAAUCCCCAGCUGAAGUUUGGGAAAAACUACUUUGCACAGAAAGAAAAAUAUGAUGACUGGUGUAAUACCAAUAUUAGUUACCAAGCUCUUGGCAAGUGGAGAUGAGUUAAAAAAAUCUGAAGGAUUCUAUGUACUGUAAUGUUGCUUAUUCCCAGAAAGCAAUGCUUGGAGUAUAAGUACUGCCAUCUGUGCUAAGUUAAUGCAUUUCAUUGAUGCCAACUGAAGAACAGUUUUAUGAAUUAUGGUACAUCAACCCAGUUAUUGUAUUGGACAGAUCAUUAAUGAACCAUUAUGCGAGUGACAUCUGCAGGGUUGAGCGCUGUUGCCCUCAUUACACUCCCUACUUUUAUCCUGUUAUCCUCUGGCACAACCCACAAUUUAGUCACUUCCCAGUAACAAAGAGCUUCAAUUGGCUUUAUAUUGACAUCAACAAAACGCUUCUGCAUGUCAUAAGUACUCAAU